AUGUCGUCAUUUGCAUUAUGGUUUAUGGAUUCAUCAGACUCCGAGAAUUUAAGAUUAGGGACAGCUCUAUUGGAUUUGCCAAAUGGAGUGUAUACAGGUUUAGGGCAGCCUACGUUCUCUAAAAUUUUAAAAGAAGUUCUAACAACUUUAGAAGCUGAAAUUUGCAGCAGUUUGAUAAAGUUUCCAGAAGAGAAUGAAAGAAAUGAAAUUAAAUUAGCAUUCUAUGAAAAAUUUUUGUUUCCGGGAGUGAUCGGCUGUGUAGACGGAACACACGUUAGAAUUAUAACUCCGUCAAAAAAUCAUCAGCAUUUACAUUAUAACCGGAAGGGUUAUCAUAGCUUAAACGUUUGCGAUCAUAAAAUGCGCACCAGGUAUGUGGAUGCUAAUAAUCCGGGAUCAUCUCAUGAUUCCUUUAUUGAAAAUUACCUGAAAUUUACAUAAAUUAAUUAAAUUUUAAAUUAAACUUAUGUUAAAAUUACCUUCUGCCAUCCUGCAGUACUUCUAAUGGGCGGACCCAAGCUAUUAAGCUUUUCUGUUAGCUGGUUCCAUUUCGCAUCAAACUCGAAUUUGCUUAUGCAGCUAUUCUCAGCAAAUUUAAGGCCUUUCGCAAUAAAGGCGUUCUCCGUCAUAAAAUUUCCCAAUUCUUCAAAUUGCUUCCUUGUUGUUA